GUGUGUGUGUGUGUGCGCGUGUGUGUGCGCUCUCCUCUUUGUGCAUCAUCAUCUUUCUCAGGAUUCCCACUUUCAGGAGAACUUCACUCAGCGCUCCACAGCAGGGUUUUUUCUCUCUGGGAUCGUCAGCAGGCCUCCACCUUUACAACCUGUAAGCAGACGUUCUCUUUAACAAAGAAGAACAGAGUCGAGCGUUUCCCAGGAUCCAAUGAUGAGGAGCGGACUAGACCUGUGCUUUCUCGGCCUGCUGAGCCUCUGCAGCUCUGCGUUCGGGCAGGAUGCUGCAGAGGUCCAGCACGGCGUCUUAAUCUUCUGUGAUGACCCGUCAGUAGAGAAGGCCGUCAGCAACGCCCUGAAGACCCUGAACAAAGAGUUGACCACUGGUCACAAACUGGCUCUGUUUCAGAUACUGUCAGCCAAAAAGUCAGAGAACGGCUCCGACUCGGUGUACGCUCUGGAGUUCACCAGCAGAAAGAGUGAUUGUCCAGCGGGGAGCAGCAAACCCUGGUCAGACUGUGACUACCUGCAGCCGGGACACAGGGCACCGAUUUCAUGCAACGCCACGGUCCACGUGACGGAGACAGAAAUUGACACUAAACAGGUGCACUGUUUUUUCGGCAAGUACAUCAUCGCAGAGAAGGCUCCAACGUGCAUGGGCUGCCCCCUGCCAAUCAACGAGGACUCGGAGGACCUGAAAGUUCCUCUUUCUGCCUCCAUCUCCAAAUUCAACGCCAUCUCCAACCACACCCACCUGUUCACCCUGCACAGUGUCGGCCACGCAACCAGACAGGUGAUUGCAGGUUUCAGGUUCAAGCUAAGAAUCGAUGUGAAGAGGACCACCUGCCCCAAGGCAGAACACAAAGACCUCAAUGACCUUUGUGUUCCCGAUGAGCAGAAUGUGGAGUAUGUUACGUGUAACGCCACUGUGGACAUGGCACCGUGGAGGUUGGAGCAGCCCGAAGUUCAUUUACAGUGUGAGCCAGGUGCACUGCCUCCUAUGAUUGCCAGGCGCCGUCCUCCUGGCUGGUCACCCCUCAGGGAGGCUCUGCUGCCCCCUGCCUCCAGUCCUCCACCUUCACAGUCGCCUCCGGAGAUGCAGCCAGCCACCAAUGCUCCCGCUAAAGUAGACUCAUCCGAGGAGGACACCACAGCCUCGGCCUCCCCCAGUGUGAAUGACCACCCUUUCCACUGCCCCUCCAAACCCUGGAAACCUUUCAAACGAGUUCACAAACCAGCAGCGCCGCCGGCAGAGGGAGCCUUCAGCGAUAGAGACCUGCUGUCCACUUAAUUCUAUUCAGAUGUGAUCUGUUGUUCUCCUAACAGGCCUGCAGAUGUUUAGGUGUUUGUCUUGCACACUUGCCCUGUAUGAUAAUAUGGAUAUUUUUCAAGAAUGGUUAUCCAGAUGAAAUUUUGUUUACAUGCAAAUCAAUCAAGUAACAUAGAAGGUUAUUAUGAGUUUUUGGCUCUCCAGCUCCAACAAAAGGGAAAGACAAUGAAAAAAAGACUGAACAAAAGAGAUAUAACUCAAUAAAAGCUUAAUUACUUGUUCGUUGAAAAAGUUGUUUUCUUACAUAAAAUGAAAAGGGGUUUUCUCAAGGAGGGAGGGAAGGCAACUGAAAUCUCAUAUUAGAAAUAAAAGCAUGUUUAGUGUUGUAGUUUUAA